AUUCCUAUUUCUUUUUAGUCUGUGGCUGUAUUGUUGAGCCAUGUGAUAAUUUAUUAUUUUCAAUUAACAAUAAUAUUUUUCUACAACUAAGCUCAUUCUGUCAUAAAUGCUUUAAAAUACAAUAACUAUUAUAAAAUGGAAGUGGAAAAUAUUAAUGUUGAAGAAUUUUUGCCUGCAAAAAAAACCGUGAAAUUAAAAAAUGUUAAACGCAGAGCAGUUUCCGAAUCUGGCGAUGGUAUGGAGGUAGAGGAACAUAAUGGCAUUCAAGGGAAGGCUAAACACAGCCGGUCUAGGCCAAAGAAAAAGAGGAAUACUGAGCCAAAUGAAAGUAAGGUCAAUAUGAGAAAAAUUCCCGUGCCUGCACACAGAUAUACACCUUUAAAAGAGAAUUGGUUGAAGAUUUUUACACCUAUAGUUGAGCACCUGUUACUACAAGUUCGGUUCAACACCAAAACCAGGAAUGUAGAAAUUAAAGUUGGCCCAGAAACUAAAGAUAUAGCCAACUUACAAAAGGCGGCUGACUUUGUAAAGGCAUUCAUUUAUGGAUUUGAUGUGGAUGAUGCUCUAGCACUUCUCAGAUUAGAUGACUUAUUUGUAGAGUCCUUCGAAAUCAAGGAUGUAAAGACAUUACAGGGAGACCAUUUGGGCCGUGCAAUAGGCCGUUUGGCAGGCAAAGCAGGCAGAACGAAAUUCACAAUAGAGAAUGUUACAAAGACAAGAAUUGUUUUAGCCGACUCAAAAAUACAUAUACUAGGAAGUUACCAGAACAUUGCCUUGGCCAGGAGAGCUAUAUGCAACCUUAUUAUGGGUUCGCCACCAUCAAAAGUGUAUGGGAAUUUGAGGAAUGUGGCAAAUAGAGUUGCUGAGAGAUUUUAGAUUUAAUAAAAGUUAUUUAUCAUUGAUA